CUAAAAAAAAGAAAUGAGGCUGUUUGUGUAUUUGUUGGAGGGAAGAAACUUGGGCGUGAAGGAUUCGUACGUGAAAUUGCAGCUCGGGAAGUUCAAGUCCAAGACAAGGAUUUUGAAGAACACCACAGACCCAGUGUGGAAGGAGGAGUUUGUAUUCAGGGCCGGUGAGUUGGGGGAAGAACUGAUUCUGUCUGUUUAUGAGCAUAAUGGGGAUUCCGGGUUGUUCAAUGGGUCGGGGGAUUUAGUGGGUCGAGUCAAGAUUCCGAUUUGGUCUGUUGUUGCAGAGGAGAAUCAGAACUUGCCACCCACUUGGUUCUCCCUUCAAAGACCCAAGAAUGGUAAAUCCAUUGACAGAGAUGAUGGGAAAAUUCUUCUUACACUUUCCUUGCAUGGCAAGGGCCACGAUCUAUCCACUAAUCAUGCUUGUUUUGUACAACCAAGUGUUGGAAGCGAAACUUCUAAGGAUGUGGAUGCGAUAAAAGUUUCUUCUCCCAAAAAAGUUUUGGAAGGGAAACAAUUGAUAAAGUCCAUUGCUGGCCAUUUAGAGAAGUUGUUUGAUAAGAACGAGGAAUCAUCAAAAAGUAAUGAAGAAGGAUCAAAGAAAGAUAAUUCUUCUGAGUUAUCCAGCAUACCUUCAGAUUAUGAAGACAAUGUACAGGAAACCACGAGGAGUCAAACUCAAAGCUUUUGUGAAGCAAUUAAGCUAUUGCAGUCUAGAACUGAAGGGAGAGAAAUGCCAGAAAAUCUGCAGGGGGGAAUUCUUUUGGAUCAGACAUAUGCUCUGCCACCAAAGGAUUUUAAUAUGCUUCUUUUCGCUCCUGAUUCACAGUUUAGGAGGGAGCUUGCGGAGUUGCAGGGUACUAAAGAUGUUCAAGAGGGACCUUGGACUUGGAAAUCGGAUAACAAGUCAUGUUUAACACGGGUGGUGACAUACACAAAGGGAGCAACGAAAUUGGUUAAGUCUGUUCAAGCCACCGAGGAGCAAACAUACCUUAAAGGUGAUGGAAAAGAGUUUGCUGUUCUGGUCGAUGUUAGUACUCCAGAUGUUCCAUAUGGGAGUACUUUCAAAGUUGAAUUGCUAUAUAAUAUAAUGCCUGGGCCAGGGCUACGUUCUGGAGAAGAGUCCACUCACCUUGUAAUAUCCUGGGCGGUUAAGUUUUGCAAAAGCACCAUGAUGAAGACAGUGAUCGAGGGAGGAACUCAGCAGGGAUUAAAGGACAGUUUUUCGGAGUUUUCAAGAUUUCUUGCUCAACACUGUAAAGUAAUAACCUCUGCUGAGGUCUUAGAUAACGGUCAUCUAUUGGCGACUUUGCCAAGCGAACAUCCUUCGGAUUUAGAAUUGGCAAGAGAGUACUUCUGCAAUUUCACUGUAGUCUCCACCGCUUUUCUAGUUUUAUAUUUCUCUAUACACAUUUUAUUAUCCAGAUCAACCCAGCUCCAAGGGUUAGAAUUUCACGGUCUUGACUUGCCAGAUAGUGUGGGUGAAAUUAUCACAUGUGGAAUCCUAGUUCUUCAUUUGGAGCAGGUUUAUCGCAUGAUUGCACAUUUUGUAGAAGCUAGACUGCGAAGAGGAAGUGAUCAUGGAGUCAGAGCACAUGGUGAUGGAUGGGUGCUCACCGUGGCUUUAAUCGAGGGGACAAACUUAGCUUCUCUAGACCCAACGGGAUUUCCAGAUCCAUUUGUGGUCUUUACCUGCAAUGGGAAAUCAAGAACGAGCUCUGUCCAGCUCCAAACUCUCGAUCCUCAGUGGAAUGAGAUACUGGAGUUUGAACCUGCAGAAGAACCACCCUCAAUGUUGGAUGUCGAAGUUUUCGAUUUCGAUGGCCCAUUUGAUCAAGCUCGCUCACUUGGGCACGCUGAAAUCAAUUUCUUGAAGCACACUUCGGCAGAAUUGGCAGAUUUGUGGCUUCCUCUUGGUGGUAAAAUUGCUCAAUCAUCACAGUCAAAGCUGCACUUGAGGAUAUUCUUGAACAACAAUAAUGGAGUUGAGACAAUCAGAGAUAACUUGACAAAGAUGGAAAAAGAAGUUGGAAAGAAGUUGAACCUCCGGUCACCACACAGGAAUUCUACAUUUCAAAAAACAUUCGGAUUGCCUCCUGAAGAAUUUCUAAUCAACGAUUUCUCAUGCUCGCUUAAACGAAAAUUGCCACUGCAGGGGCGGAUCUUUCUAUCGACUAGAAUAGUUGGGUUUUAUGCCAAUUUGUUUGGACACAAAACCAAGUUUUUCUUCCUUUGGGAAGAUAUUGAAGAGAUUAAUGUUCUUCCUCCAUCCUUUUCAACCAUGGGUAGCCCUUCUCUAGUCAUAAUUUUGCACAAAGAUCGGGGCACUGAUGCCAGAAAUGGAGCGAAGUCUAUAGAUGAAGAAGGCAGGCUGCAUUUCUGUUUUCAUUCUUUUGUAUCCUUCGGUGGUGCUAGCAGGACAAUAAUGGCCUUAUGGAAAACGAGGGCAUGUAUACCUGACCAGAAAGCACAAAUUGCAGAAGAGCAGCAGUACAAGGAUGAGAAUAAUGUAUUGCCUGAAGAAACUGGGUCCUAUUUAAUCGUUGAAGAUGUAAGCAUGUCCAAGGUUUAUUCUGUUGAUCUUCCCAUGAAUCAUAAAUCAUUAAUGGAGAUGUUUAAUGGAGGAGACUUGGAACAUAAAGUAAUGAGCAAAUCCGGUUGCCUCAAUUACGUGACAAGUUCGUGGGAGCUUAUUGAACCCGAUGUUUAUGAAAGACGCGUCUCUUACAAACUAAACCGCCUUAUCUCAAUAUUUGGAGUUGAAGUUACUAGCACGCAGCGCAAAUCUGUACAUGCAAAUGAUGCCGGAUGGAUUCUGAACGAGAUUAUGGCCAUUCAUGGUGUCCCGUUUUCUGACCACUACCAAGUCCAGCUUAGAUACAAGGUGGAGAGCUGUUCUGCGGCUCGCAACUCUUGCAGGUGUGAUGUUUAUGUUGGUGUAAUGUGGCUGAAGAACACGAAACUAGAGGACCGAAUAACGAAGAACAUUGUUCGAAAAUUUAGUCAGCGAGUGAAGGAGAUGAUAGAGUUCGUUGGAAGAGAGGUUUUUCUGUCUAGCUAGAAGCAUUAUUGUUGCAAAAUGUUGUCAUUUUUAUGGCAUUCUUGCACAGCCUAUUCUGGCCUUUCUUACACUGGAGAUUAACCCACUUUUGUUUUGUUUUGCUUUUU